UCCCCGUUGAGCGAGACGUCUAGAAGUGAGAAGGCUUCACCUAAUGUUGGCCAAACACAACAAAUAAGUCAACAAUUAAACAAACCAAGAAAUACUGUAAACGCAACACAAAUAUACAAACAAGACUUCGGCCAUGUUCAAAAUCUUACCACUGCUGGUUUUGAGCGCUUUUGUGCUGUCGUGCGUCAGUGCGCAGACGAAACAGAAGUUGAAGAAAUGUCCUCGAAGCUGUCGAUGUUUUAAAGCAACUGGGAGGAAAGGCUUGGACGUCGACUGCGGUAACAAGCAAUUAACAGAUCUGCCGACUUUACCAAAGAACACUGUAACACUGUGAGUUUCAAUAUAUGUUGUGUAUUCGAGCGCGCAGUCAAUGUAAAUACUCGAGCACCGUCGACUCAUGUUACAUGCGCUGGUUUUGACGAGGCUUAUAUAAUUAUUAGUGGUGUAUUGUGUCAAUAUUUAUUAGAAUAUUUAUAUAGUUUAGUGUUUAUAAUGCAAAUCGAUAAGAUGGAAUUAGCGUCUUUUGUCUAUUAUGUGCUAUGGCGCCUUUUCAUACACGCACAAAGCUAGCGUUGUCUAAUGGUAUAUUUUUAACGAGAGAUAUGAACAUACAGUCUCAGGCUUGCAAAACAGAAUCAAAUGACGAACUACCAGCGCACGCUGAAAGAUCAAUAUUUUCUAAUACAAAAUAAUUAUUAUUCAAUUGGCGUAGCAAAAACUCUAUAUAGUGCGAAUUAUUUGCGGAUUAUGUAUUUAGGGGAUUUUAUUCUCUUUGUUUCAAACCACGUUGACUGUCAAAAAACUAGUGUAAAACAAGCACUUUGUAGAAUUUCCCGGCUGCAAUUUUUCCCCGUCAGCAGUUUAAAAUUAUUUUCGCCUCUCAUUGAAAUUUGAAUAUGACCUAUAACUGCUUCUGACCAUUGGCAGGCCCGAUUUCGAGACCUCGUAUAAAACAUUGAAACAACAACAAAAUAUCCAAAUGAAAAUACGGUCACGGGAAGUUUGUUUAAAGUGAAAGGCUAACGACAAAUGCUUGUUAACCCCCCACGUGAAAUUUAAUUAAUUUCCAUAAUCUGGAAUGUAAUCCCUUCGCUUUUCAUAAGACGCAUGUGGCAUGCGAUAACGAUAUUAUCUCUAAAUUCUAUUUCGUAGGCGUGCUCCCUAAAUAGACAUUGUAUAUUUGCCGUUGCAUGUGAUUUGUUUCUGAGCAACUGAAAAACGUUAAAAACACAAAGGGCUACGAAACCUUUUCAGGUAGUUCAGACACAAACCACGCGGAAGCUUAUUGUAGAAUACUACCUACACUGGACCACCACGUUUGAGAUCUCUUUUUCAGGUAGUUCAGGCACAAACUACGACAGCUUAUUGUAGAAUACUACCUACACUGGAUCUCCACGUUUGAGAUAUCUUUUUCAGGAAGUUCAGACACAAACCACGGCAGCUUAUUGUAGAAUACUACCUACACUGGAUGACUACGUUUAAGAUAUCUUUUUCAGGCAGUUUAGACACAAUCUACGACAGCUUAUUGUAGAAUACUACCUACACUGGACCACCAUCCACGUUUCAGAUAUCUGUUUCACAUUUAAUAUGUAUUCUAUUUAGAGUGAUGUCAGAUAACCAGUUGUUGCAGAUUUUGCCAAGAAGUUUCAGUCGCACCAAGAAGAUUCAAAAUAUGUGAGAUAUACUACUUUCUUUAAAAACUUGAAUGAAUUCAAACUGGGUUUUUCUGUUUGUCGUUUGAAUAAACGCAGUCUUUUAUCCGAUUGGUCUUAGCUUAUUAUCAAGGUGAACACAUUUUUCUUUUAAGAUAUUUGUAUAGGAACCGUAUCAGACGAGUGCACUGGGAAGCAUUUCAAGGGUUAAAAUCUUUAAAGAUUUUGUAAGUAUGGCAAACAAUUUAUGGGGUGGUCAGUGCAUGCGGUAAUAUACAAUCAAGCAGUCUUUGCAUCAGAUGCAUUUGACGAGAAUUCUUCCAGUCUGACUAUACUAAACUCUGUGCGGUGUUCCGGUAUCCUCCUGUAGUAACACUGGAUCAUAAGAGAUGAUCCUUACUGGACCUCUAGGGAGAACAGUUUUUAACUGAUAAAGCUAUCCAGUAUAAAUGAAGUAUAGUUUAGUUAUCCUCCUGUAAUAACACUGGAUGAAUAAGAGAUGAUCCUUACUGGACCUCUACGGAGAAGAGUAUAGAACUGAUAGAGCUAUCCAGAAAACUAAAGUUAGGCCAGUUUCAAACGUCGCUCUUCUCAUGUGCAGAAUGCAUUACAAACAAUAGAUAAUGAGGCAUUUCACCUCGUCAUUUAUUGCUAAAUUAAUGCGUUUGGCACAUGACAAGCGUGACGUUUGAUACAGGCCUUACUCCUUAGUUUAGUUUAGGUUUCCUCCUGUACUAACAAUGGAUUAAUAAGAGAUGACUCUUACUGGACCUCUAUAGGGAGAACAAUUCGGAACAGAUAGAGCUAUAUUCAGCAUAUAUAAAGUUAGUGUAUUAAACAUAUGUUACAAUGAACAACUAACACUAUUGCUUAAACAUAAAAACUCAAUACUUUUGCUUUACAGAUCAUUGUUUGAUAACGACAUAACACAAAUCAACAAUGGAACAUUUAAAGAUCUUUCCUCAGUGACAAGAAUGUACGUCUUCUUGUUUUAUCGAGCCGUCCCUUUAGUUCAUGCAUGCACAGUUGCUUAGAAAACAUGAAGUGGUACCAUAUGUACAAUAUUUAACAUUGGACACGUGAAAGUCCGUCUCUUAGUAACAGCUCUCAGCGGUGGACACUAUAUACACAGGCAAAAAUCUCACAUCUUGUAACAAGUCUGCCAAGAAGCCGUCAACAAGUUGUGUUCGCACUGCUUGUCCCAAGUUGUCAACAAGUUUGGAACAAGCUAUUAACAACUUGUAUCAACUUAUGUCAACAACAGCUUGUUCCAAACUUGUUGUUGAUACAACUUGUAUCAACAACAAGUUUGGAACAAGCUGUGAACAACUUGUAUCAAUUAUCAGAUUUGUUCCAAAGUUGUUCCAACAAGUCCGAUACAGUCAUGAUGUAAUAAUAUCGCUAUAACCAAGUAACAUUCUUGUUUUAUCAUGACUGUAUUGGACUUGUUAGAACAACCUCGUAAGUCUGAUAAUGCCAUCAAACUUGUUACAAGUUGUUAACAGCUUGUUCCGAACUUGUUACAACAACUGGGACUUGGACAACAGAUUUGUAACAACUUGUUUGCAAACCUGUAACAACUUGUUCGUUUUUACGUUACGCUUGAGGCUCAGUUGUCCUGAUCAUGCAAUGCUCGAAUUAUUCGUGUGACAACAACGCCUUCUCUUAAUGUAUAAAAUUUCACCUUUUACAGAUAUCUUUACCAAAAUCAAAUCCGAAGUCUCAACAAACAAUCAUUUGUUGGUCUUUCUUCCCUAGAAUUUCUGUAAGUAUAUGUUUAUAAAGCUUAGCUGUGUUUGUAACAACCAUCCUACUACGACAUUGCGUCUUUAUUGCAGAUCUCUUCGAGACAAUGACAUUGAAGACAUUGAACCAGGGACAUUUGCACCAUUGGGCAAACUGGAGUCGUUGUGAGUUUAUAGCUUUACUUAAAAAACUUAUUAAUAAUUAAUGAGAGAAAGGAAAUCAGUACCGUAUCGGUGGUUUUAUAUGUGAUAAAAAAAUCAUGUUCCUUUACAUAAACUUUAGCUUUGAUUUUCUCUUUUAGACAAUGUUUAUUUUUAAAAUUACUUCGUCAAUGAAGUCAUAAGAAGGGUCGUUUUUUAAACCAUUUAAAACACUUGUAGUCGUGCUUUACCAGCUAUAAAACACUGUUCUGAUAAUGUAAACAUACAGUAGAAUGGUAGAAAAGCAAACCAAGCAUUUAAUUUUUACCGCUGUUCUGAUAAUGUAAACAUAGAAUUAAACAAAUGUAACCAAACAUUUAAAUUAUAUAUGCUUGUUUAACACUUAGUCAGUUUCAAACAUUUCUUACAAAUCCUUCAAAUCGUAGAAUUUUACUUGUAGAUAAUUAUUACUGUGAUCACAGAAACUUUGAUAGUAUGAGCCAGCCUCAAUUAAGCAUAAAAUGGAACGAAGGUAACGCAGGAUUUUUCUUAUAUAGGUUCCUUUUUCGCAACAAUUUAACAAGAUUGACAAAUGGCAUGUUUAAGGGCUUGAAAUCACUACAAACUCUGUAAGUUUUGUAAAAUUGUAAAACUUAUAUCAGGAUUUAUUUUUCAAGUUAUGCGUGUAGUGUUACCGUUGGCUAUUUCUAUAUCUAGGAUAAUUGGUUUCAACCGAAUAAGCGAGAUAGAAAAUGAAGCAUUCAGGGGAUUGUCAAGUCUUAAAGAGUUGUAAGUUUGCCGAUACAGUAUAGAAUAUAGAUAUGGAGAUCUGUGAUUGAACAUAAUGUCUGUCAACCAUAAGUUGUUGCGCCCAAGGUAGAACGCGCGUGUUAAGGUUUCCUUCAAAUUUUGAAGUUGCAAAGCUUCAACCUAACAAAAUCCCUGCAGCUGUUUAACAUUGUUGCAGGCGGCGUUCGUGAACAAUUCCGAAGUGGGCUGCCAUCUCAGGCUAUCCUGUGACAUUAAAAUGUGACUAACCCCAAAUAUAAUUUUUGGUAUGUGUAAUUUUUGGGUCAUUCUAAGAAGAAAUGUAAUGUAUCUUUAUUGUGAAAAACCUCAUCCUGUUCAAUUUUUUCACUGUCACAGUUCCAGAUAUGAUGUCAUUAGGUGAAUUUUUGGUACAAAAAAAAACAAAGGAAAACUAAUUUGCAAUUCACCUAAUGACAUCAUAUCCGGAAACUUUGACAGUGAAAAAGUUGAUCAAGAUGGGAUUUUUAUUAUAAAGAUAUAUUACAUUUCGUCUUCGAAUGACCCAAAAUAUUACACAUACAAAAAAUCAUAUUUGUGGUUAGUCGCACUUUAAUAAUUACUGAAAGCUAUCAAUUUUUAUUCAGUGUAUGGUAAACUUCGACGUUUUAUCAGUUCUGAGCUAGAGUAAAUUAUCGGUUCAGUUCUGGUAUUCUGAACUAAUUUUUUAUUUUUUACGUUUCCAUUGAAGAUUCUUGGAUCACAACAAAUUGGAAAGAGUCACAUCAAGAAUGUUCGCAGAUUUAAUAUCGCUGCAAAAACUGUAAGUUGUUGACAAGUUGUGAAAUUUUACGUGCGCAUCCUGUUUCAUCGUAUCCUGUUAAAGCGCACGUAUUUAAUAUUAUCUUUUGGUGUUUUGUAUUUUUUUAGUCACAUUUACAAUAACGCCAUCAAGAGAAUAGAUCCAGGAUCAUUCUUCCGUCUGCAGGAGCUGAAUUUCAUGUGAGUCACAUGCUUGGUAUUGGUGCGUAACUCUAAAUGCUUCGUAUACUGGCGUUUACAAUGGCGUAAACUCAUUGGGUAGGGUUAGUUCAAAAACUAAGGGCCCCCAGUUAGGGGACCCCAUCAGCCACGGCCUGUCUCCCAGAAAAUUAGAAAUAGGAAAAUGCAAAAUUGAUAAUGCUAAAUAAUAAAACCUCCAUCGACAACGGUAGCUGAUUCUUUUAUUCCAUCUCAAAUAAAACAAACGUUAUUCUUAUAAGUCGUUACAUGUAUUGGAGACCGUUAUUUUUAUAGACAUGGAAUUUUCCAGAACAUUCUAUAAAUAUUCAAUACAAAUACAAUAUAUCCCAGUCAAACAAUGACAACAGUCAACAGGGGCCCCCUCACCAAAUAUGCCUAAGGGCUUCCUCUUCCUUCAUUACGCAACGGGCGCGUGUACUGUAACUCUACAGAGAUGUGGUUUAAACUGGUUUGUGUACUACUUUAGAUCUGCUCGUCACAAUAAGUUAAAGCUUAUUACUAGAGGAACGUUUGCUGGUCUCAAGUCAGUGCGAAUUUUGUAAGUAUUUGGGCAGUUUUGUGAUCACUUUCAGUUUCAAACUUUGCGGCGAAACAGUGAAUACGUUAAAGUCUGCAAACAAGUUGUUACAAAUCUGUUCACAAGCUGUCGACAAGUUGUGUUCGCACUGCUUGUUCCCAGUUGUUGUAACAAGUUUGGAACAAGCUGUUAACAACUUUUAACAAGCUUGAUGACAUUAUCAGACUUGUUACAAGGUUGUUCUAACAAGUCUGAUACAGUCAUGAUAUAACAAGAAUGUUACAAGGUUGACGACACAAGGUUGUAACAAUAUUGUUAUAUCAAGACUGUAUCGGACCUGUUGGAACAACCUUGCAAAAAGUUUGAUAAUAUCAGCAAGGUUGUUACAAGUUGUUAACAGCUUGUUCCAAACUUGGGACAAGCAUUGCGAACACUGGCUUGUUGGCAGACUUGUCACAAGAUGUGAGAGUUUUACGUGUAGAGUAAGUUCAUUGGCUGAAGACUAUUCAGAUUAAAAAAAUCAUACUAUAGUUGCUUAUUAUUGUUGAUUUCAAGUCACUUUUCAACGCGCGGUUCCAAGUUCGUUGCGAACUUUCCAAUUACGGUUCCAUGGUUCGGAAAUUGGGCGCGAACUUCGCAACAAAGUUCGCAAGUACAUUUCAAUGUUUGAACUUCGUUUGUAAACAAAUGUUCAUAACUUCAUACUCAAUAGUAAGAACCAUUUCAAUAAAAUACAAACCUUCUUGGUAGCCCCCUGGACCGAGAAGUUUCCAUUGAAUUGUUAAUUUCAACUUGAACUAUGAACAUUUUUGCAAUAGUCCAAACAUUGAAAUGUACUUGCAAAGUUCACGCCCAAUUUUUGAACUUGGAAAUGUAUUGGCAAAUUUUAAACGAACUUGACCUGGCCCUGGGAACCGCACGUUGGAAAGUGACUUGAAAUCGACAACAAGAUAGCAAUAUUUGUUUUCUACUGUCACUGACAUAUUCUACAGAUAAUUAUAAUGAUUUUUACAGGCAACUCCAGGUUAACGAAAUUGAGCACAUUGACUCAAAAAGCUUUGUAGAUUUAAGGCAAUUACGGACAUUGUAAGUUACACUUUAUUUAUUUAUCUAACUACUGCAGUAUACCGCCGUAAAUAUUCUUGCGUCACCAAGCACGUUUUGGGCACUAGGCAUUUGUUUUAUGUUAUUCAAUUUUAGUUGGGUUUUUUUCUGUUUUAUAUUUUCUAACAGGUAUCUUUACCACAACAAAAUAAGUAUCGUAUUGAAGGACGCGUUUCUUGGUUUAGAAAAUCUGGUCGACUUGUAAGCUAAGAAUAUAUUUGAUAAUUCCAAGUUCCAACAUAUACUGUAUAUAUAUUAAAACACAAUAUCACCAUCAUCAUAUAUUUAUUGUGACAGUUAACCUAGGAUAAUAUGGUCAUUGCAGGAAAAAAUAAUUUUCUUCCUGGGAGCACAACCUGAAGACAAAAAUUUCCUGUAAACCAACGGAGUAUUUUUGUGCUAAAUCUGCAUGUGCAUAAACAUAUAAUGUUCAAGCUGACCAUGGUUUUAAAUUCAAGGAACAAUGUCUGUCAACCGUAUGUUGUUGCCCCCAUAGUGGGACAUGGGUGUUAAGGUUUCCUUCAAAUUUUCGAUAGCAAAUCUUCAUUCAAACGAAUUUCCUGCAGCUGUUUAACAUUUCCUGCGAGCAGUGCUCGCGUGCUCGCCUAUUUUUUCCACCCCUGAAUAUGGUAGCCAAGCUAAAUGCAUGUUCUCAGUGAAAAAUGGUUUUAUACUCCAGAUGAUAAAUUUGGUCAUUUGUAUCACAAACAGGCAUCUAGGAUUCAACAUGAUCUCAGAGAUUGAAGAUAAUGCUUUCCAAGAACUUAGACGGUUAACAACAUUGUAAGUACGGCACGACCCAAUUUUGUUCUCUAAUGGCCACACCCUUUAACUUUUCGGCCCAAAUUUCCGCACGCAAUACAAAAGUAUACAAAAUUUGCAAACUUUGCAAGGCUAUAUUUUCCUCAUUUUACAACAUUUUGCAACCAAAUGUUGCAAUUUUACUCAUUCUAGUAUGCUCUUUCUAGCUGCAUGUAGUGAUUUAUUUGCAUCUCCUUGCCUAGUUUUAAAAUUAGUCCAUAAUGGGAACUGUCUAUUAAUAUUAACCCUGUAAAUAGACUAUUCUUACAUUAUAUUCCUAUUUUGACACUUAAACACCUCAUUUUUUGUAACUAACUAGCGUGUUAAAUAAAAUUCUUCAUUCAUUAAUUAAUUCGUUCAUUCAUUCAUUUACUUUGCUUUUUUAUUGGUCAGUGUUAAAUUAACAAAAAAUGUCUUUUAGAUAUUUGGAUUCUAACAAACUGACUAGAAUUUCCAAGGGAACUUUGGCAGGACUCAACUCGUUACUGGAUUUGUAUGUCUUUGUUUAUUUGCACACCUUUGUACGAGUAUUUAUAACAUAUCAAUAGAAGUUAAGAGAUGCUUUAAUUCUCAUAUUUUUCUAGAUAUUUGUAUUUUAAUCAAAUUUCAUAUGUGGCAAACAACGCCUUUAUUGAGAAUGCUUUGUUACGUUACAUGUAAGUAAAGUGCAUUUAUAUUAUAGUGGAUGGGUUUCUUGCUGAAGAUUUUGAGCGUGAAUUUUUUAUACAUUUAUAAGACCUACCCAGAAGUAGUUGCGACAAAUGGAACUGUUGGCUCUCCGGCUGCCGAGUAGAAGUAAUUAACAAUAAAACGACUUGAGUAAGAGUAAAAAGUACUGCAGGCAAAACGUACUUACUACUUAAGUGAAAAUCACAAAGUAUCCUUAAAAUACUUGAAGUAAAAAGUAAAAGUACUAUUGUCUGCAGCAUGUAGGGGGGGGGAGACUUCUCCAACGCCAUGGAUUGACAAUUACAAAAGACAGAAAACAACACGCAUUAUAUGCGCGCACCUAAUAUACAAUAUUUCAUGGCAUGGUCUACUUUCCAGACCCCGUUGAAGAUAUAAGAAAUCCAUUAAAUAAAUGAUGCUUAUAAGUAAGUCACAAACAAGAGAUCCCAGAUGCAUGUAGAGGUCCUAUUACCUAUCCCAAAAUUAAAAUAAAUCCGGAGUAAAUUGUGUAAAAUUAAACAAAAGUUAGAAAGUAACAAAAUACUUCGCCACAAAAUGAAAAUAACGAAGUAAAAUGCUACUUAUUAAAACGACUUUGUUCCAAGUAAAAGUACUCCAGAAAAAAUUUACUUUGUUACAUGCCGACUUGUCAAAAAUAGUACUCAAGUACAGCAAAGUACAUUUUCUUCGUUACUUGACACCACUAAUGGUGCAGCACUCUGAGCUACCUCUGCCAGUUGUCGAGCUCUAACCGCAAGCUUACAGAAAGAAAGAUACUUAUAUACUUAUUUUCACCCGUAGAGCUUGGGAUGUUCCUACAUCACUCAGAGGUCAAGAGAAGUAUCAAAACAUCUCUGGAAAUUCGUUGUUCUGCGAUUGUCAUGCUAUGUAUUUUAAGCGAUGGUUAUCUAGGCACCCUGUGAUUGAAGUGUCUUGUUACGAGCCGCAGAAAUUACGAGGCGCACCGAUGAAAACAUUAACCAAGGCAGAAUUGGAAAAAUGUUGUAAGUAACUUGUCUACAAACUCGACAAUUUGUUACAAACCGCACAAGCAGAAAAUUCUGUCUGCCACGGUUGGAUUUCGAACCGUGACCUUUGAAAUGCUAGCUUGACGCUCUACCAACUGAGCUGUACAUGGUCAGGCCCGAUUGAGAACUGGAAAUUAUAUAUGAUUUAUAUACUGAAUGUCAUAAAACAUACUCAUUUAUAUCAUUUCAGCAUUGAACAAUACUAGUUCCGCAAGUGUUGUGUGAGAUUGUGAUAUUGUUCACUCAGUAAUAUGAUGGGAUGAAAUUUAACAAAUAUUAUUCACCGGAGGUGAGGUGAUUAUCGGGGAAUAUUCACUGAGACGAAAUUGAGGUGAAUAUUCCCCGAUUAAUCACUGAGCCUGAGGCAAAUAAUUGCUUUUGUAUUUUUCAUAAUUGUUAUUAAAAUAAAUUCAGUCCAAAAAACAUAAAGUCUUAAAUCCGUCUGACCGUGUGGCGCAUAAAUUAAACAAGUGCAACGACUCAAUAAUGUCCACUAAUAAUAAAUUAUUAAUCCUGAGCUGAAUAGAAUAUAUAGAACUAAGAACAAUGGCUGCUAGUUUCAAGCACUUUCUUCCAGAAAUAAUUAAACCUUGACGGUUUAUAUUAAUUAAAAGGACAUGCAAUCAUGACUGAUUGAAUGCAACAAGACAGCAAAAAUUUCACAUUUCUACACAUAAAAUUCCAAAUAAUUCCACUCACCAGAAAGAGAUAUAUCUGUUUUCUUUACAGCUUUUCUUUGAAGCGAAGCAAUAUUAGUCACUUUCAACAGUUCAGUGCUUUCAACACGCUUUUUUGAGUGUUUAGUAUUCGGCAGCCAUGAUUGGCGGCCAUAUUGACAUAUUUUAAAAUGUUGCGCCGAAAUUGAUACAUUGAAAUUGAUACUUCGUUUAGUCGAAACUUUAAGGCUCGAGCGCCCUGGUUAUUAUCCCAGAUAAAAUUUAAUGACCUUUAAUUCGUUUUCAGGUAGUUCAGACAGAAACCACGGCAGUUUAUUGUAGAUUACUAUCUUGAUUUCUUUUUACGUAAUUCAGACACAAACCACGGCAAUUUAUUGUAGAAUACUACCUACAUUGAACCACCACGUUUGAGAUAUCUUUUUCAGGUAGUUCAGAAUGUACACGUUUUUCUCAAAACGAAUUACAAGCUAUAUACAGCAGUCUCGCCCAUGUUGUACAAAAUAUGUUAUACAACACGACCGCUUAUGCAUGGUAUACACACACGUCAAAAUGCACAAGUUGUAACAAACCUGCAGCAGACUUAUAGCAAUGCUGUUCCAACAACUUGUCAACAGGGUGUGUUCGCACUGCUUGUUCCCAGCUUGUUGACAACUUGCUACAAGGUUGUUGAGCUCAACGUCAUUGUUACAAGUCGUUCCAGCAACUUGUUAUAUCGUACGUCCUGCAAUUCAACAAUUUGUCAACAAGUUGUGAGUGACAACCUUGUAGCAACUUGAUAAAAUAACAACAUUGUUACAACUUGUUGACAUCCUUGCUACAAGCCUGUUGCGAAAACACCCUGUUGACAAGUUGUGAGAUUUUUACAUUCAUCGAAUGAAUUUUUCCCGUCUAUUUCUAGACGAUCCCCAUGUUGAAGCGGACCCAGUAAGCGCCAUCGUGAAAGAAGGUGGUCAGGUCAACCUGCAUUGCACGGGCACGCCAGCAGUGGAGUUUCUUUGGUACAGAAACGGAUCAAAGAUGAUCAACAACGGAAACUCUCAUGUGAGCUCCUUCGGAACACUUUUGUUGAGCAAUAUCAAGCAAUCGGACGCCGGGAUGUAUGUCUGUGCAGCUAAGAAUAAGAAAGGUUUCGCAGUCGCAACUGCAUCGUUAAACGUUGGACGUA